GUGUAACACAAACAUAAGAUAGAGUAAUACAUAUUUCUUAUAUAUUUUUUCGAUUAACAGUUCAAUCAUUAUCAUCAUGAACAAGUUUUUGAUGUUAGCAUGUGUGUUGUUGCCGAUGGUUGUAGCCAGACCCGGCUACGGAGCUGGCGGUCAUGGUUCAUCCGGUCAUGGCUUUAGCCAUGGUUCAAGCGGUUUGGGCAUUCACAGUUCUGGUUCACAUAUUUCAGGAGGCACCCACGGACAAGGAUUAUUACACAGCUCCGGCUUACACGGAAGCAGUUUGCACGAAAGCAGUGGUUUACAUAGCAGCGGCUUGCAUAGCAGUGGUCACUCCUCUUAUCAAGAACAACACUCCAGUUUCAAUCAACACGCAGGAGUAGCUUCAGGUUCCCACCAUCAUGACUCUGGAUUUGGACACCAAAGUGCAGGAUUUGGACACCAAACUCAUGGACUCAAUCAACACGCCGGUGUAGGUGGUGGAUCUCAUCAUUUGGAUACUGGAUUCGGAGGUGCUGGAUUCGGUGGUUCUCACUCUGGAUACAAUACCCAUGGAGCAGGCUACUAUGGACGUUAAGCCGUUCAACGAAAAUAAUAAACGAGAAUCAGAUUACCAGA